AUGAACUCCUUUGUCGAAAAGAUCACCACCAUGAAGAAGAGCCACAAGGACAGCAACACGAAGAGCCAAAAGCAUUUGAAGGAUCGCAGUGAAAAGUCUCUGCGAUCAUCGACUUCCACUUCUAGCAGCGGCAAGAGUACUUCCAAGCGUCAUCAUCAUCAUCAUCAUCAUCCUCGAGUCAAUAUCAGCACGAACCAGAUCCACCCCCAAGAUUUGAUUCGCAUUCUGGAAAUGCAUGCACAGACUGACAGCAAACUAGCCAGCGAUUACUUUGAGCAAAUCAAGCACACAUCUGCCCCACGUCAAUUCCUCGACGACUCGGACCAUGUGCGCAGCACACCCAAGGCAGCAUGA